AUGAUUGAGCCACUACCUACCGAAGACAUUCCAAAGCAAUCCGUUUCCAUUGUUGGAAUCGCAAGUAGAUGUGCACCUCACAAACUCGGGGCUGAUGAGCUCGAGGCCAUAGCGCGUCGUCACUACAGCAGUACCCCCUCAUUGGAGAAGAUGCUAGAAAUCAACCGGAAGACCCGUAUUGAUCACCGAUAUAGCGUGUUCAGCUCGGACCAUGAACACUGGCACCGACCGACUAUCCCAUCGUUCAGCGAAUGCGAUUCCCUCUUCAAGGAAUACGGCAUCCCGUUGGCUUCUGCGGCUUCCGCAAGAGCAAUUCAGGACUGGGGUGGUGUUCCCGACGAAAUCACACAUUUGGUGGCUGUUACUUGCACGAACACAGCUCAUCCAGGGUUUGAUAGCGUGUUAUGCCGGAAAUUGGGUCUGAAAUGCAACGUUCGUCGAGUUCUUCUCCACGGUAUUGGUUGUGGUGGCGGUAUAUCUGCCAUGCGUGUCGCGCACGAACUUCUGCUUGGUAGUACGCAACAAGGAGUGCCCGCAAGGGCUUUGAUAGUCGCUUGCGAGGUGCCAACAGUGUUUGCAAGGUCGGAGCUUGAUAUUAUGGAUAAGACACAGGAUGUCAAUGUUGCAAUGUGUUUGUUUGGUGACUGUGCAGCUGCCCUUGUUCUCAGCAAUGGAAUUGGCCAUAAGGCAUCGGAACAGCGGCCAAUCUGGAACAUUCUCAAUUGCGAGCCUACUCAAUUCGAUGGCACUGAAGACAUAGCGCAUUUUAACGUUCAUGACAAAGGAUACCAUGCCAUUAUCGACAAGAGGAUCCCUCAACUUACGGGCAAGUGCGUGCCAGCGGGAUUCCAGUCUCUGAUCUCCUCUACUCCAUCCCUUGCAUUGGAGGAAAAGAAUUAUGUCCCAAGCAAUUACGGUUGGGCGGUUCAUCCGGGUGGCUACGCUGUCCUUGUCGCGGCCCAAGAUGCCCUAGGGUUAACUGCCGACGACCUGAGAGCGAGCUACGAUGCGUAUCGUGAUGGAGGAAACACCAUUUCCACCACUAUUAUACGUAUUCUAGAGAAGCUGCGGGAUGAGCAUAAACAUGGUUCCAACCAAAAGGAUAAGCUUGUACUUGCGGCUAUUGGGCAUGGAAUCACACUCGAAACAGCCAUCUUAACCCGACCAGGCUCUUCCAGCUACCUUCAUGCGUGA